AUGGGUACUUACAAUUCUAAACAUAUAGAAGAGGAUUCUUUGAUAGAACCACAUGAAAAUGUUAUGAAGAAGACGACUAUCAGUCCUGUCAAGAUCAGGAGGACAUCGGUUCGGCUGUCUAGGCACUGCAGACAAGCCAACUGCUUCCCGUCACCUCUAGCAUAUCGUAAAAAGACAAUCAAAUGGAGUAAAUAUAAUACAAAACUGUUGUAUGAGUGUUGUCUUGAGGAAAUGAAAUCUUUGGAAAAACUAUCAUAUAAGGUGAUAGCACAGAAACUCCACGGUAAAGGACUAACGUCUGAUGAAAAGAAUGUAAGAGAGAAGAUACUUUCUGCAAAAAGACUUUACACUUUCUGGAAAGAGAAAGUGGAGGCAGUACCAGUUGCUAACAGGGACAAUAAGUGGUGGGACAAAAUACUAAAGAAACGUAAAAGCACUCCUACAUACAGAAACCUGAAAGAUCGCCCACCAGAAAAUCUAGAGUUCCUUGAAAUUAUAUGUUUUGGGCCACAGCAGGAGGAAAGAAUGUACUACUACAAUAAGAAGACAAGGCAAUCAAGUUGGGAGAAACCAGUUGAGUUGAUGACACCUUUGGAGAGGGCUGAUGCCUCAACCGAAUGGAAAGAAUUUACUACACCUGAAGGACGAAAGUGCUAUUUCAACAAAGUGACCAAGCAAUCAAAAUGGACUAUUCCUGAUGAGUUAAAGGUUGCACGUGAAUUGGCAGAGAAGGCAUCAAAUCAACAACCUGAGCGAGAAUCAGGAAUAGCUGCUAGUGCUCUUGUCGGAUCUGCUGCCUCUGAACCUUCUACUAUACCUGCUAAUCAGUCGUCAUCUGCUGUUGGUAUAAUUGCUCCCAGCUCACAUGAUGGGUCAUCAAACUCUGUUCCUCCUGGUGCUGCCCCGUCGCACAAUGUGGAGAACACUUCCAGUUCAAUUGUUGACAUGCAAAAUUGUGGUCCAAGUACUGCUGUUGUUCCUGUUGCAACAAGCACAGAAGUUCCAUUAGUUGCAACAGAUGCAGGGGCCAGCAGAAACAACAAUGAAAAUCCAUCUCUGACCACAGGCUGA